AAUGGCUAUGCUUAUUGGCUUGGUCUUGGUGUUUACCAUUCUGGUGUUCAAGUUCACGGAGUUGAGUAUGCAUUUGGAGCUCAUGAGUAUCCAACUACUGGAAUUUUUGAAGGGGAGCCAAAAAAGUGCGAGGGAUUUAUUUUUAGAAAGACCAUUUUGAUUGGAUGGACAGAGAAAACACCUGGGGAAGUAAGAGGAGUAAUGGAAGAGCUUGCUGAUAAGUACAAAGGAAUUGCUUACAACCUUAUUACCAAGAACUGCAACCACUUUUGUAAUGAUGCUUGUAUUAAACUCACCAGCAAUCCAAUUCCCAGUUGGGUUAAUCGACUCGCUCGGAUUGGUUUCUUUUGCCAUUGUAUCAUUCCAAUGAGCUUAAAGUCUACUAAAGUUCGGCACCAUCGGAUGGAGGACAAGGCAAGUGAAGGGGACAGCAAGAAACCUCAGAGCAGCUCGAAUAGACAGACUCCCACUUCAAAUCCAUUUCCAGCUUCUUCGCAAUCUCCUCCAAUUGCCAAAUCCACAAGUAAUAAAAGCAAAAGCCCGCUGCCUCCAUCUUUGCCAUUGAUAUCAGAUUCAACGUCGUCGUCGUCGCAAUCUCCUCCUAUAGUUGCCAAAUCCACAAGUAAUAAAGUUACAAGACCGCAACCUCCAUCUUCGUUGAUAUCAGAAUCAAAUUCAUCUUAGAAUUCUUGAUGCAGAAUGGCCGUGCUUUAUUUGAUUCACCAGUGAUUCUUUUGCUCGAUGCUACAAAAUACUAGUAAUUAACUACCACUCGAGAAGCCUUGCAAAUUUUGUAUACACGAAUGCAUUCAAUGAACUGGGAUCGACCUUCUUUGUGCAGUGAAACUGACUGCUGUUUAACA